AGGAGUAGUCCAAACGAGCUGCAAGGCUCAUGGUUUUCACUCAUUAUAUGGCUGGCGUGUUCUGUCUCUGUUAACCUACAGUUCCACAUCUAACUGCAUAGCCCUUUAAGCAGCCCGCUUGCGCAGACUGAAGCUUAGGACUGUUGGCUGCCAUCUUGCCGAUUCGGAGCAGCAGAAACGUAGUGUGUGUGUGUGUGUGUAUGUGUGUGUGGGGGGAAAAACACGAAGAGAGAAGAGUGUGUGAGACAGACGGUUGAAUGAAUUACUCGGGCUUGGAAAGAUACGAAACUUCAUUGUGUAGUUAACAACUGUCGCUAGGAGCAGCGGUGCAGAGUAAAUCUCCGGCGGUUGUCAUGCCAUCUGUGCCCCUGCCGCCCAAAGAGAGUAACCUCUUUAAGAGAAUCCUGAAAUGUUACGAACAAAAGCAGUACAAAAAUGGGUUAAAAUUUUGCAAGAUGAUCCUUUCCAAUGCCAAGUUUGCAGAACAUGGAGAGACAUUGGCAAUGAAAGGGUUGACUUUAAACUGCAUUGGAAAAAAGGAGGAAGCAUAUGAGUUUGUCAGGAGAGGAUUGAGGAAUGAUUUAAAAAGCCACGUCUGUUGGCAUGUUUAUGGCCUUCUGCAAAGGUCUGAUAAAAAGUAUGACGAAGCUAUUAAAUGCUAUCGUAAUGCCCUGAAGCUGGACAAAGACAAUCUGCAGAUUCUAAGAGACCUAUCUCUCCUGCAGAUACAGAUGAGAGACCUGGAAGGUUACAGGGAAACAAGAUACCAGCUUUUACAGUUGAGACCAACACAACGAGCAUCAUGGAUUGGCUAUGCAAUUGCCUAUCAUUUAUUAAAAGAUUAUGACAUGGCCUUAAAGUUAUUAGAAGAAUUUCGGAAAACACAACAGGUCCCUCCUAAUCGAAUAGAUUAUGAGUAUAGUGAGCUACUGUUAUACCAAAUUGAAGUCAUGAGGGAAGCUAUGUUGUUUGAGGAGUCACUAGAACAUAUUGAGAAUUAUGACAAACAGAUUUGUGACAAACUCGCUGUUGAGGAAAUCAAAGGGGAUAUGUUUUUAAAAUUAGGUAGGCUUGAAGAUGCUGCAGUGGUUUAUCAAGAACUCAUUAACAGAAAUGCAGAAAACUGGUCAUAUUAUGAAGGCUUAGAAAAAGCUCUUCAGCCAAGUACCAUAGAGAAGAGGCUUCAGAUUUAUGAAGACAUUGGCAAGCUACAUCCCAGAGCUAUGUCUCCUAAGAGGUUGCCAUUAAAUUUUGUCUCAGGGGAAAACUUUAGGGAAAUUAUCAAUAAAUUCUUAAAAAACAAUUUCAGCAAAGGCUGUCCUCCUUUAUUCACAACUUUGAAGUCACUCUACAGCAAUCCAGAAAAGGUUUCUGUAAUACAGGAGCUAGUUACUGGUUAUGAAACUUCAUUAAAAGCAUCUGAUUCAUUUAGUCUUAAUGAAAGAGAUGCAAAGGAGCCUCCAACCACUCUACUUUGGGUUCGAUAUUUUCUGGCACAACAUUUUGACAGACUCGGCCAGUGGUCUUUGGCCCUGGACUACAUUAACUCUGCAAUUGAAAGCACCCCAACAUUAAUUGAACUGUUCUACAUAAAGGCAAAGAUUUAUAAGCAUUUAGGUAACUCGAAAGAAGCUGCUAAAUGGAUGGAUGAGGCACAGUCAUUGGAUACAGCAGAUCGGUUUAUCAACUCAAAAAGUGCAAAGUACAUGUUAAGGGCCAACAUGAUCAAAGAAGCAGAGGAAAUGUGUUCCAGAUUUACAAGGGAGGGUGCUUCUUCAGUGGAGAACCUUAAUGAAAUGCAGUGUAUGUGGUUUCAAACAGAAUGUGCUGCAGCCUUUCAGAGACUUGGAAAAUAUGGUGACGCUCUGAAGAAGUGCCAUGAGAUAGAAAGGCAUUUUUUAGAAAUUACAGAUGACCAGUUUGAUUUUCACACAUACUGCAUGCGCAAAAUGACACUGCGUGCAUAUGUAGACCUUCUGAAGUUGGAGGAUGCACUGAGGAGACAUACAUUUUAUUUCAAAGCUGCGAAGUGUGCCAUCGAAAUCUAUCUGAAACUUCAUGAUAAUCCUCUUGCCAUUGACAACAAAGAGCAGGAAGUAAAUUCAGGAAACAUGUCUGCUAAGGAACUGAAGAAGAUGUUGAGUAAGCAAAGACGUGCUCAGAAGAAAGCAAAAUUGGAAGAAGAACGAAAACAUGCAGAACGGGAGAGACAACAGAAAUACCUGAAAAAAAAGAGAGAUGAGGAGGAAGAAGAGACCAGUGGUCCUAAAGAGGAGCUUGUCCCAGAGAAACUGGAAAGGGUAGAAAAUCCGUUAGAAGAAGCUAUCAAGUUUCUAAUGCCAUUAAAGAAUCUUGUAACUGAUUGUAUAGAAACACAUCUUCUGGCUUUUGAAAUAUACUUUAGAAAAGGAAGAUUUCUCUUGAUGCUUCAGUCUAUCAAAAGAGCUUUUGCCAUUGAUUCUGAAAAUCCAUGGUUGCAUGAAUGUUUAAUUCGGUUCUUUAAAACUGUGUCUGAUCACAGCAAUCUCCAUGAAACUGUGAACAAAGUAUUAUCUCAAGAAAUGAAGAAAAUCUUUGGAAACGAGAGCUGUGAGAAUUUCAAUGAUGAGUUUCUCAUGAAAAAUUCUAACUCUCUUCAACACUUGUUGUCAGGUGGAUGCCAAGGAAAAGUGUAUGAGCUAGUUCACAAAUCUGCUGCUAUUAGGUUUUUGGGACAAGCAGUAAUGACUACAUCCCUCCCUCAUACUCUGCUACUUGAUAUAAGCGAUCAUUUUGGAUAA